AUGCUCAGCCGGCGAGCAACAUUCUUGCGGCACGGUACACAGCUAUCCAAGCAGCUCGUACGCCACUCUGGAACCGAAGCUACGACCGCAGCUUCAGUUUCUCGCAUAGCCCGGAUCGAGUCCCGGUUACCACGCUUUCUGAGGCACUUCACCACCCCAUUACGCAAUGCACCGGUCUCGCAUAUCAGUGCCUUCCUGGUCUUACAUGAGCUGACUGCAAUUCUGCCACUCUUUGGUCUGGCGGCCAUCUUCCAUUACACUAACUGGUUGCCACCGUAUAUCAGCGAAGGCAAAUGGGUCUCCCAAGGCAUCGAGAAGUUCGGACGCUACUUGCGCAAGAAAGGCUGGAUCAGCACGGAGGAGGAAGCUGGUGCCAGUGGAAAGUGGUGGGGCAGAAGUGAAGGUGGCGUGAGGAUUGUGGUGGAGUUGGCCACUGCUUAUGCUAUCACGAAAGCUCUUUUGCCCUUGAGGUUGAUCCUGAGUAUGUGGGGUACGCCAUGGUUUGCGAAGUGGACUGUACUUCCAUUCACCGCAGCAGUCCAACGAGUAUGGCAAAGUCGAACUGUUGGAACGGCUGCUCGAUCACCUGCAGCUGGGACUGGCGCUGUUGGAGCCGGAGUCUUGCCGAAAGAAAUCAGCUCAAGGACGAAGUGA